GAUCUUUUCCCCACAUUUACUAGACUCACGUCCAGUCCAGGCCAGUCGCCAUGGCCGACACGCCGACCCUCAAAACAGACCCAGAUGAUCGGCAUCGAACCAAGCCCCUAACGCUAGAUGAACAGCCUGUCGAGGCGCAGGCCCAAACCGGACGCUCAUGGUAUAAUCCACGAGGCUGGUCCCUGCGCACAAAAAUUAUCGCCGCCAUCAUCGCCUUGGCUGGAAUAGUCGGCAUCAUCGUCGGCGCUGUGGAGGGCUCCAAGGCCGGCCGGUACCCGGAAUACUCGCCGCUGGAUUAUCGGUUGGUGGAUAGCUAUUCCGGCCUGUCGUUCUUUGACCAAUUUCGGUAUUUCGAUGACGAGGACCCAACGGAUGGGUUCGUCAACUACGUCAACAAAACCACAGCCCAACAGCUGAACCUCACAUAUGCAUCUCCAACCUCAGCAAUACUGAGGGUUGACACGGCCACGAGAAACGCCUCGCAUGGACGGAACUCCGUCCGGAUCGAGUCAUUCAAGACCUACGAUGACGGUCUUUUCAUCUUCGAUAUCAUCCAUACCCCCUAUGGAUGCGGCACCUGGCCAGCUCUUUGGCUGACUGACGGCUACAACUGGCCGGAUCAUGGGGAGAUUGACGUGCUUGAAGCCACAAACAAUGCGACAGACGGCAAUGCGGUUACUCUGCAUACCACGCCCGGGUGUAACAUGGACGUCAGACGCAAGCAGACGGGGAGCACGACGUAUGCGACCUGCGAUAACAAUACAAAUAGCAACGCGGGCUGUGGGGUGCAGGGGCCGAGCUUGACUUAUGGAGAGGCGAUGAAUGAGAGAGGUGGUGGUAUCUACGCCCUUGAGCUCCGCCCUGCGGGCAUCAGAGCCUGGUUCUUUCCACGGCACUCGGUUCCAUUAGACAUAGACAUCAGCAACAGCAGCAGCAAACCCGACCCUUCCAAAUGGGGCACUGCCCUCGCCGACUUCCCAAACACGAGCUGCGAUGUCUCCUCACACUUCAAGAACCAGAGUAUAAUCGCGAACAUCGAUCUCUGUGGUCAGUGGGGUGGCGCCCCGAAUGUUUACUCGAGGCAGUGGGACUGUCCGGGCAAGUGUAAGGAAUUGGUGGCAAGACAUCCGGAGAGGUUUGAAAAGGCGUACUGGGAGUUUGGCGGGUUUUGGGUUUAUCAAGCCGGUAAUUGAUGGAAGGAUUAAUGAUAUGGUUCGGUCCAUAUACAGCAUCUCAACGGAAUCUACACGGGGAAAGCCGAUUCUAAUAUCCACCAUCUAACAAUAGAGACUGCUUAUAAUCCAAACAUCUGUUUUCGAAAUUGAAGACAGGUAGUCACCUUUCU